AUGAGCUGCCUAGACACCAAGGUGAAGAGUGUAUGGCUCCAUAUCGCAUUUUGCGUGUAUAUAGUGAUAGAAUGUCAACAUAUAGGUGCCAUAGUGGCACAUGGGAGGUUCGGAUCCCGAAAUGGAGCGUUUGUGUCCAGCGGAACUACUCCGUAUCUCUCCAGGGGUUAUCAACAGAACGUCAUUAAUGCUGGUGGCAAUGGUAUCCUAGGGGAUGGAGGCUCGCUGCUGUUUACUGACACUGAGUCGGAACAUAAAGAGUUGCCUAAAUCUGGUGACCGUGAACCGAAGGUUGCUAAGGGCGUGUCGUAUGGUCGGAGUGGUCCAAGAAACCGUAACGACUUGGAACCUGAGAAUUUAUCUUCUGAUGGCAAAGGAACUGUUGCUACCUACAUCCGUGGCCAUGAUACAAGGUCAAAGGGGAAUAGCAGGACACGUAAGGAAGAAUUGUAUUCGAACCUGGUGCGUAUGACUUCAGCAGUUUGUUCUUCUUUGGAGCAGUAUAAUGCGGAGCUGUCUAACAGUUUAGAAUCAUUUGUCCAAUCGUUGAACCCUGGUCUCUGGGGAAAUGGGUCGAAGCCUAUAAACGACAUCAAAGAGGUGUAUAGAAUCCAAACUGCAAACUAUCAGGAAUUGGAGGAUGGGCUUAAACGUUGUCUAUCUAAUAUAAUGGAUGACUGUAGAACUCGAUUGAAAACCAAGGUGUCUGAAGGUAAUAUUGCGUUGAGGGCAUUGACCAAGUCGCUCGGUGUGUAUUGUAGCCGGGACCGCAAGGAAUUUCAGCUGUUGAUUGAUCAGCUUGUUGAUGAAUACGACAUGGCGGAAUGUAACUAUAGAUGGUCGUGGCUGUCAAAUGUUGUCCAAUGGUUGCAAGAAACGGCGGUUAAUGUGGUAGACACGUUAUUACCAUUGAGACCAGCUUCGCGUCUGGUCUCUGCAAUGUCCCCUGCAAAAGGUUUCGUCAACUGGAUUAUAUCUCAUUUUGAACGUAAAAGUGGUCAUUCUGUUCGUUUCGACGAAACUACAUUAUUGAAAUAUUAUGAAAUGCCGAGGUCAUAUAUACAUGUUUCUUCUAAUUGUAACCCAUCAUGUCAGCCUCUCCACCCGGAGGUUGGGGGUAAAUGGCGUCUUGUAUUCCUUGGAACCGGAUCACGAAGGCCUACGAGAACAAGAUUGACUUCCACUGUUUUAUUUGCUCGAAGUGGUGACCCUUUGUGGUUAUUUGAUUGCGGUGAGGGUGCCAUUACCCGUGUAUGGUCCGCGGGUUUUGCAACUUCGCGUGUGAAGAGGAUAUUCCUUACACAUUUGCAUGGUGACCAUUGUUUCGGUCUAUUCGCAUUCCUCAACACUUUUGCCAAGGAUGCACCCCUGGAAGUAUACGGUCCAUCUGGUACUUCCCAGUUCAUCGCAGAUGUUAUAACAUCGUCUUCACGAUCACAUGCUCUUCGAGCAUUUGUGGUCAACGAGCUGGUUAUCCCUCGUGGUGGCAUGAAGGGGGAGCAGGAGCAAGGCGAAGUUGAUAAGAUGUUCAAAGUGAAUUACCUGUACCCUGAUGAGAAUAUGCAAUAUGUGGUUCAUGAGGAAGACUCCUGCGUUGUCAAGGCGGCCCCGCUGGUGCAUACCAUCAAUACAGUGGGUUACGUUGUGGAGGAGAAGGCUACGGAGAAGAGUCAAAAGGGUAGCUCAGCUUCUCCUGGCCCCUUGCGUAAAUUUGUCAUAUGUCAAGAUUCAGCUGAUAACACAUUGUUGCAACCUUUGGCAAUGGACGCAGACGUGCUUAUACACGAGUCUACGAUUAACCCUCCUACCAGCAGUGGUUCACAAAUGUUAUUGCGUCUUACUAGGGAAGCUCCGGAUGCGGAGCUGACACGUCAUAUCUUGCAUAAACUCGACCGGUUACUCCAGACAGAGGAGAUGAAGUUUCAAAUGUACCACAGUACCCUGGCCAACGUGAAAUACCAUUACUCGCGUAAAUUGCGAUAUUUACGCGAGGCGAUGGAACACCAUGAGGAAUUGCAGGAUACCUUGUCGCAGCUGGGAACUCUGCCGUCCCCAAACGAUCCUCCUAAGGAUAGCAAGAGCCGGUCUAUUAGCAUGAGUUGGACCUUAAUCGUUCGUCGUUUGAAGUGGUUACUUCGGCUGUACGGUGAUUUUCACGCAACUGCUAAAGAAGUUGACAAGCUUGAAAGGUUACUGACACUUAUCGAUGAGUUACGUACUACCUUUGAUGGGUCUCGUGUACCUCGCAGUCGUUCCAUGCAGCGUAACAUACGAGCUCUUGCUACAGAGUUAUUGGCGGCUGAGGGUGUUACAACGGAUAUUCAAUAUAAUGCGGAGCGUGACACUAAGCUUAGCCAUGCCAUUGACCGAAUGGCUCCUUUGAUGUUCCAAUACUGGUCGGAGAUAAUUGGUAGCAGGGUUCCUGUUCGUGAUACGGGUGACUAUGUGCGUGAUGAUUGGGAGGAACUUUACAACAGUUAUGCGAAUUUCAAUGGCCACUCGACGUGCCUUCAGGCGGGUGAAUUCGCUGCGCGUACACGUGCAAAGAAGCUGAUACUCACCCACUUCUCCCAGAACAGUCCUGACGUCACGGAUAAGGAGGGUGUCCUAACGAUGUCACGGGUGGCACACUCGGCCCUAAGGGGCUACUACCGGACCCGUGAGGAGGACUGCCGGAAGAGUCUCACCGUCGGUGCGGCUUGGGACAUGUUUUCUCUAACACUUUGA